AUGCGCAAACGAACGUUUACCUCGGGCGCGAGCGCUCUGCUGCUUCUGACCGCUUCACUCGUUAGCGCCAAACAUGGCGUUCAUGAUCACCUCGAGGUUCUUCACAAACGACAUCGCGCACAUCGAGAAUUGACCGCCCGAUCAACCGCUGAGGAGGGUGAGCUCGGAGUGGAAAUAAGAGCGAUCCCAGAAACCUCCGCAUCUCAUAUAUUGGAGAAGCGCAAUGGACAGUGCGCUUUUCCCACCGACGCCGGAUUGGUAUCAGUCACUCCCGGUGAUGAAAAUGCGGGAUGGGCGAUGAGCCCUGAUCAGCCUUGUACGCCCGGGAAUUACUGCCCCUACGCUUGCCCACCGGGUCAAGUCUCUAUGCAGUGGGAUCCAUCGGCGACAUCUUAUUCGUACCCCAAGUCAAUGAAUGGCGGGUUGUAUUGCGACAACGAUGGCAACAUCCAGAAGCCAUUCCCCGACAAACCGUAUUGUCAGUCCACGGCCACCAACAUUGGAGUAGUGAACAAUGCUGGCGGUGUUGUGUCCUUCUGUCAGACCGUCCUUCCUGGAAAUGAAGCCAUGUUGAUUCCUACAUCGGUCGACGGUUUCGCCACCCUGGCUGUUCCCGACCCAACCUAUUGGUGUGGUACCGCAGCGCACUACUACAUCAACCCUCCAGGAAUUGGCACGGAUGAAGCUUGCGUAUGGGGUACCAAUGCGAAUCCUCUUGGCAACUGGUCUCCGUAUGUGGCCGGGGCCAAUGCGGAUUCGUCGGGGGAAACCUUCAUCAAACUUGGCUGGAAUCCCAUUUACCUGGAACCGACCACUCCCUUCCGCAACGAAAUGCCAGACUGGGGCGUCAAGAUUGACUGUCCCAAUGGUGGUUGUAAUGGGCUUCCUUGUGCCAUUGACCCGAGCCAGAACAAGGUCAACCAGAUGGUGGGAAGCUCCAGCGACGGAGCAGGAGGUGGUGCGUUUUGCGUGGUGACCGUUGCAAAGGGAUCGUCGGCAAACUUUGUGAUCUUCAAAGCUGGCGGUGAUAGCAGCAGUGGAGGUUCAUCAAGUUCGUCGGCAAGUGGUAGUCAAGGCGGCCAAUUCUUUCAGUCCACGACCUCGUCGGAAGCUGCUCCUCCUCCUACAUCAUCUGAAUCUUCCUCAAGCGACACCUGGACCAGUUCCGCUGAGCCUACCUCCAGUGCGUGGACAAGCUCGUCCGUCACCACCACCAGCUCAUCGCCUUCGUCCUCUUCAGUCGCUCCCACCACCACCAAGAAUUCCAGCAGGCUCCCAACUCACUCACCAUACUAUUCUUUGUUCAACCACACCUCAACUGCUGGGGCUACGGAAGGAACCGAAGGAGCUUCUGAAACCGCUGCGGGUGAGAGCCCUGCGGCACCAUCAGAAUCUGGCUCGUCGGUGCAGCCUUCGAUUUCACCCGCAACUGGAGCAGCACCAAUGGUCAAAUACUCCAUCAUGAGCAUCUUCUUAGGCCUGACCUUCUUCGCCUUGGCUACUCUGUGA